AUGACUUGUGGAAAAUUGUAUGAUAAAUUAUGGAAUAACUAUUUGAUUAAAUAUGGUGAUUUUCGUGAACGUUUACAAACAAUACGAAAUGAUCAUGAAUGUUUUAUGCAAUUACAAUUACCACGUAUUAAACAAAAAUCAUUAAACAUUCGUGUUCAAUCUUUAACAUCCAUAAAAAAACCUUUAGUUGAUGUUAAUAAUCGAAAAUUUGAUAAAAAAUGUCAUCCAUUAUUACCAUCGGAAUGUUGUCAUUCACCAAUAACGAAAAAGAAUCAUUUACUUACAUUGAAUCAAACUGAUCUCGAUGACUUAGAAAAAUUAAUAGAAGCUGAGAAUUUUCCGAACAAUAUUUUUCAAGUCAAUACUAGAUCUCGAUCUUCAAUAGACAAUGGAACAGAUUUUACUGUAACAAAUAAUAUUCUUGAUGAUAAUCAUCAAUUAUCUUCAAAACGAUUAACAUCACCACUUAAUUCAAUGUUUGGUAAAACUAAUGUCAAUCAUUCAAUAUCGCAAUGUAGUAAACAAUCGUCGAUAUGUCUACGUUCAAAUAGUCAUAUAUCAAUGCAAAAAUCCGAACUUGGUACGACAUCACAACUUGCAUCAAGUGCACAUAAUCAAAUCUCAAAUUGUAUUACUAAUCCAUAUGCAAAACUUCUUGAACGUCUUCGUCAAGAUGAAAAACCAAAACUUAAAAAUUUCAAUACAAAAUUCAGUCAAAAAUCAUUUGAUAUAAAAAUUAAUACAAAUACUCAUUGUUGUAUUCAAAAAUUACUUUCUUUUCUUCAUUCUCUCGAUGAUAAUACUACUGAUAAUGAACAAAAUUCAAAUAUAUUCGAUGAAAAUACAUUAAUAGAUUUAUUCUCAAUUGAUAAUCAUCUAUCAUCAUCUAUAUAUGUACCAACAAAUAUUCAUCAACUUGAUAUUAUACCAAAAAUUCUUCAUCAAUCAUUAAAAAAUACUUCAGAUAAUGAACAAAUACUUAGCAAAAUUCAAGAUGAAGUAUCACAAAAAAAUGUAACAACAGAAUUAAAUUCAAAGAUGUUUAAAAAUUCUAAAAUAUUUUUGAAUAUUAAUAAACAACAAUUAUAUUCACAUGAUGAUUCUCUACCAUCGAAUUUUACCGAACAAAAUAAUCAAUUAAAUUCAAAAUUAUUUAAUACUUAUAGUGUUAAAGCAUUUAAAGAAUUCUUAAUUCAUAAUAAAAAAUCUACACGAUUACCAAAAUUAUUUCACGAUAUUGAUCAAUGGGAACAAAAAUGA